AUGUCAUUGUUUUAUCCGCUGCUGUAUUCGGUCCUGUUCGCAUUCUACUGGAUUAAUCACCGUAUCUCUCGCCCCCAAUUACCGAACAUUCCGCUUCGACCAGGGCAGGGCAGCACACUGAAGAAUUUGGCGACAUCGACCCGAGCCAUCACUACAAAGCCUGAACAUCCGGUGCUUAGCAAAAAUGACUUCAAGAACUUUCCCCUUGUCUCGCGAGAAAGCAUAUCGCGCAAUGUCUCCAUAUUUCGCUUCGGCCUCCCUAGGCCUACGGAUGUCUUGGGACUUCCUCCUGGCCAGCACAUAGCAUUGGCCUUUGACGACGGGGGCAAGACCCUCUCAAGGUCAUACACGCCAAUGUCGACCGACCAUGACCGCGGGCAUUUUGAUGUUCUUGUUAAAUUGUAUCCGGAAGGCAAAAUGUCCUGCUUCUUGGACAAGAUGAAGAUCGGGGAUGAGAUUCGAGUACGAGGGCCCAAAGGGGCUAUGACGUACAAGGCCGGAUAUUGCGAUCGUAUAGGCAUGAUUGCUGGAGGCUCUGGAAUCACCCCAAUGUUACAAAUUAUCAAGGCCGCCAGAAUGUGGCGGGGCAGACACCACGCUGAUAGACCUGAUUUUGCUAAUACAACCGAGGAGGACAUAAUCCUCAAGAAGGCGAUUGAUAGGAUCGCUGAAGAUGAUCAGGGGAUCAAUGUCCAUUACGUCCUGAGUCAACCACCCAAGAUGUGGGCAGGGUCUUCUGGCCGUGUGAACUUGGACAUGAUCAAAGCCAAACUACCACCGCCAGCACCACGGACCAAGAUCAUGUUGUGCGGGCCGCCUGCAAUGGUUACAUCCAUGACAGCCAUACUAGCUUCCCUAAAUUACGAGAGAGCAAGGCCUGCUAGUAAGAAGGACGAUCAAGUAUUUUGCUUCUAA